AUGUCUUCCACAACCGUUACCGAAACUCCCAACCACACCAAAACCAUCGAAGAUGAGACCUCGCAGAUGUUGCGGGCCGCCGAGGCCAGCCACACGAAGCCUCUUUGGCUACAGAUGAGCAGACUUAAUCCACCUCUGCCCAACCCGCGAUGCACGCCACAUCUCUGGAGGUACUCGGAGAUUCAGCCAACCCUUUUGCAAGCGGGUCAACUUGUUACCGAGCAACAGGCCGAGCGCAGGGUGUUAAUGCUUGUCAAUCCAUCCAGGGGUGCGUUAUGA